UCAGGGUUAACAAUUAUGUCACGAAGAAAGUAUUUUUAGACCAGGGGUCUUCGGCGGAUAUCAUUUAUGGAGAUGCCUUUGAUCGCCUGGGGCUAAAAGAGUCAGACUUGAGGCUGUAUAAAGGAACCUUGGUAGGGUUUACAGGGGACCGUGUCACUGUUCGAGGAUAUGUGGAAAUACCAACUGCUUUUGGCGAAGGAGAGUUUGUAAAGAAAUUUCAAGUGAAGUACUUAGUCCUGGCGUGCAGAGCCAACUACAAUGUACUCUUGGGACGUGACACCCUCAACAAGCUAUGUGCGGUCAUUUCGACAGCUCAUUUGACUGUUAAAUAUCCAGCCUGCAAUGGAAAGGUUGGGGUAUUACAUGUGGACCAAAAUGCAGCAAGAGAAUGUUAUCUAAGAAGUGUGGCGCUUUAUGGGCGUAAGGCCGCCAAAGAAAGUCACAGAAUCACAGAAAUCUUUCCGCAAGAGGGGUUCAGUUUGGAUCCAAGAGACGAUGCUGAUGAUUUCCGCCCACAACCUCUGGAAGAAACCAAGCAAGUGCAAAUUAAGGAUAAAAUUUUAAAGAUUGGCAGCAGUUUGACAAAGGAGCAAGAGGAAAGGUUGAUCACCCUGCUGGGUGAUAAUUUGGAUCUCUUUGCAUGGACCAUCAAUGAUGUACCAGGGAUUGACCCCAAUGUGAUCACUCACAAAUUGGCUAUUCGACCAGGGGCGACCCCAGUCAUCCAGCCAAGGCGGAGAAUGAGUGAUGAAAAGAAUAAGGCAGUACAAUUAGAGACCGAGAAACUAAUCAAGGCCCGCUUCAUCCGUGAGGUGCAGUACCCGACAUGGCUCGCCAAUGUUGUGAUGGUCAAGAAAUCCAAUGGGAAGUGGCGAAUGUGCACGGACUACACAAGCUUGAACAAAGUGUGUCCUAAAGAUUCAUAUCCACUUCCCAAUGUCGAUAAGCUUGUGGAUGGAGCGUCGGGGAAUGAACUUUUAAGUCUCAUGGAUGCUUAUUCGGGCUACAAUCAAAUCACGAUGCAUCCAUCGGAUGAAGAGAGUACAUCAUUUAUGACCAAUCAGGCGAAUUACUGUUACAAGACAAUGCCUUUUGGAUUGAAGAAUGCAGGAGCUACGUACCAACGGCUCAUGGAUAAAAUCUUUUCAAAACAAGUGGGCAGGAAUAUGGAGGUAUAUGUGGACGACAUGAUCGUAAAGUCCGCCAGGGCCAGUGAUCAUGGCGGCGAUCUUAAGGAAGCGUUUACUCAAUUAAGAACAUAUCAAAUGAAGUUGAAUCCUGAGAAGUGUUCUUUUGGGAUCCAGGGAGGAAAGUUCUUGGGAUUCAUGUUGACAUUGAGAGGAAUAGAAGUGAAUCCUGAUAAGGGAAGGGCGAUCUUAGAGAUGAAAAGCCCAACAAGUGUCAAGGAAGUUCAGCGUUUGACAGGACGAAUGGCCGCCUUGUCACGUUUCUUGCCAAUGGCGGGUGACAAAGCGGCCCCAUUCUUCACAUGCUUAAAAAAGAAUUCAAAGUUUCAGUGGACAGAGGAAUGCGAACAAGCUUUUACCAAAUUAAAGGAAUCAUUGGCCACAUUGCCAGUACUUUCCAGGCCAACACCAGACUUUCCAUUAGUGCUCUAUCUAGCAGUUACUAACAAGGCGGUGAGUACAGUGUUGCUCCAAGAAGAGGGCGGAAAAAAGCAGAAAGUUAUAUAUUUCGUGAGCCAUACUUUACAGGGGGCAGAGUUGCGGUACCAAAAAAUUGAAAAGGCUGCAUUGGCGAUUUUGAAAACUGCGAGGCGCCUUAGGCCUUAUUUCCAAAGUUUCCAAGUUAAAGUUAAAACUGAUGUCCCCUUAAGACAAGUACUUCAGAAGCCCGAUUUGUCAGGACGAUUGGUUAGCUGGUCAGUGGAAUUGUCAGAAUAUGAUAUACAAUAUGAGCCAAGGGGCCAAGUCACAGUUCAAAGUUUGAUCGACUUCGUGGCGGAAUUAACACCCACGGAAGGCGAGAAGACUCGAGGAGAAUGGGUCCUAUCUGUGGAUGGAUCCUCUAAUAAGACUGGAAGUGGGGCUGGGAUAACAAUUGAAAGUCCAGACAAAAUGAUCAUUGAACAGUCUCUAAAGUUCGAGUUCAAGGCGAGCAACAAUCAAUCUGAGUAUGAGGCUUUGAUUGCCGGCUUAAGGCUAGCCAUUGAGCUGGGGGUACAAAAGUUAUUUAUCAAGGGAGAUUCGCAGUUAGUGGUUAAACAGGUGAAAGACGAGUACCAAGUAAAGGAUCCGCAACUUUCCAAAUACUUGGAAGUGGUACACAGAUUGAUGAUGGAGGUCAAAGAAAUUAAGAUAGAACAUGUCCCGAGGGGCCAAAAUGAGAGGGCCGAUGUGUUAGCAAAAUUGGCGAGCACAGGGAGAUUGGGCAGUUACCAAACAGUCAUUCAGGAAACCCUGCCUCGCCCGAGCAUUGAUUUGGUAGAAAUAAAGUUGAAAGCAGUCAAUUCAGUAAUUGAAGGCGAGCCUUCUUGGAUGGAGUCAAUCAAAAUCUUCCUAGAAAACCCUCCAAAGGAUGACGAUGUGAACACAAGAGCGAAACGAAGGGAAGCCAGUUUUUACACAGUGGUGGAUGGUGAGUUGUAUCGGCGGGGAAUUAUGUCCCCUAUGCUCAAAUGCGUUGACACCAAGAACGCCCAUGGAAUAAUGGCGGAAGUCCAUGAAGGUGUUUGUUCAAGCCAUAUAGGCGGGAAAUCCUUGGCGGUGAAAAUUGUGAGAGCUGGAUUUUAUUGGCCGACAAUGAAGAAGGACUGUCUUGAGUAUGUUAUGAAAUGUGAAAAAUGCCAAGUCUUCUCUGACUUGCACAAGGCUCCGCCAGAAGAGUUAACAACCAUGAUGGCGCCUUGGCCAUUUGCUAUGUGGGGGGUAGACAUUUUGGGACCAUUCCCAGUAGCGAAGGCACAAAUGAAAUAUAUCAUCGUGGCGGUUGAUUACUUCACUAAGUGGAUAGAAGCCGAGGCAGUGGCAACAAUCACGGCCGCCAAGGUCAGGAGCUUCUUGUGGCGAAGGAUUGUUUAUAGAUUUGGGGUCCCCAUGACAUUAGUAAUGGAUAACGGAACACAAUUCACAAGUAGUGUUACCCGGGAAUUUUGUACAGAAAUGGGAAUCGAGAUGCGAUUUGCCUCUGUAGAACAUCCACAAACCAAUGGGCAGGCUGAAUCGGCUAACAAGGUUAUCCUGAAAGGUUUAAAGAAGAAACUGGAUGAAUUGCAAAAGGGGUUUUGUGGUUUUGUGUAUAUUUUGAUCGAUUUAGGGUUGGAAUUUGUCGAAAAAUUGGAAAUUUUGUUAGUUUGUGGGAAGAAUUUGUGGUGGGUUUUGUUCAAGGAGUUGGCACAAGCUUAUGAGGUUCUGAAUGACCCUGAGAAGCGUGAGAUAUAUGAUCAUUAUGGUGAAGAUGCACUUAAGGAAGGAAUGGGAGGUGGAGGAGGUGGCCGCCAUGACCCGUUUGACAUAUUCUCAUCUUUCUUUGGUGGGAGUCCCUUUUCAUCUGGUGGUGGUGGUAGUCGAGGGCGGAGGCAGAGAUGUGGAGAAGAUGUUGUUUACCCUCUUAAGGUCUCUCUGGAGGACCUUUACCUUGGGGCAGCUAAGAAGCUUUCCCUCUCCAGAAAUGUCUUAUGCUCCAAGUGCAAUGGGUGGGUGUUAUAA